CCUCCACCGUUCUCUCUCUCUCUCUUCCCUCUCCUCACUAAGAAAUUAAAGAGGAAAAAGAAAGGAGGAAAGAAAGAAAUGGGGUUGUCGAACCGACUCCAUGACGUCUCCAGCGACUCCAUCCCGAUCCUCCUCCUCGUGACGGCCGCCGAGUGGGUCGCGUACCUCCGCUCCCUCCUCCUCUGCCUCCUCCACUCCCUCGGCCUCCUCCGCCUCCACCCAUCCUCCGCCGUCGCCGAUGACCCCCUCUUCCCCGCCGCCGGAUCCGGCCUCGCCGGCCUGGUCGUCAUCGCCUCCUCCACCCGCUCCUUCAUCUACGAGGCCCCGCCGUCGGCGGAGAAGGAGGAGGUGGACUGCGUGGUGUGCCUCUGCGGUCUCGCCGACGGCGACCGGGUCAGGCGGCUGGCGUGCUGCCACGUGUUCCACAGCAAGUGCCUCGACGGGUGGUUCGACCAGAUGAACCUGAGUUGUCCUCUCUGCCGGUCGCCGCUGGUGGCGGCGGAGCGGCGAGCCGAUGCAGAUCGCCGGAUCGGGGCGGAGCUCGUCGCCUGGCUCUCCCCCUAUCGAUCUGAUCAACUGCCGAUCGGACGGCGCUGAUGUCAUCUCUUCCCAAUUAUUAUUAAUAUUGCUGCUGCUGUUGUUGUUAUAAUAAUAGUUAUUAUUAUUAUUAGUUGUUUUUGAGGGCCGGCGGUGGCUGAGCUGCUUGGCCUUUUCUUCCACCUUUUUUAUCGCCUUUUUUGGAAGAGUUUCUUGAGCUCUUCUUCCUCCUCAUUCUCUUCUUCGUCGUCCAUUUUUCGUGGUGUGGGUAUUGUUAUUGUAAGAGUGAUAAUUAUGCUGUAUAUUUUGGUUCCUAAGCAUGGAUGGCAAGGAGGGAUCGGAUUAAAAUCAUGUUGCAUGGUAUUAAUGAUGGUGUGAUUUAUAUUGAUGCUC